AUGGCUCGCGAGUUUGAUCACCUCUUCAAACUGCUGAUUAUCGGUGACAGCGGUGUAGGUAAGAGCUGUCUCCUACUGCGGUUUGCCGACAACACGUUUUCCGGUAGUUACAUUACGACUAUUGGUGUAGAUUUCAAAAUAAGAACUUUAGAGAUAAAUGGUGAACGGGUUAAACUACAGAUAUGGGACACCGCGGGUCAGGAAAGGUUUAGAACCAUAACGAGUACGUAUUACAGAGGGACUCACGGUGUCAUCGUUGUGUACGAUGUCACUAAUGGGGAGUCUUUUGCCAAUGUGAAAAGGUGGCUUCAUGAGAUUGAACAGAACUGUGAUGUCGUUAACAAAGUUCUAGUUGGUAAUAAAAAUGACUGCCCUUCAAGAAAAGUGGUUGUAACAGAGGAUGCACAAAGGUUUGCCAAUCAAAUGAACAUACCAUUAUUUGAAACCAGUGCAAAAGAGAAUAUAAAUGUUGAAGAAAUGUUUCUUACUAUCACAAAAAUGGUUUUGAGAUCAAAAUUGGAAAUGAAAGAGAGACAAAAUGUUACAGCGAAUGAUACAGUACACUUAAAGAAAAGUAACAAAACAAAAAAGAGAUGUUGC